UACAGUGGAAUAGAUGCAGGCUACACUCGUUACCUCAAGAGCUCGCGCCCAUUUUCCGUUCACACGCGCGCUCAGUACAGACGCGUCGCGUCGUGUCGCGGUCAGGCGGAUUACCUCAAGCCUGGAGUCGCCUAAAGCCUGUUUCGUUGGUGAGUUGGGAACAAUUUAACGUGAGCGACGUUUAGAGAGAGCCCAUAGUAACCGACAGCACCAGCAUCCUCAUCAUCUCUUUUGGUUGACAGCCUUGAGCAUUUCGGGAGGCAAAAGCAGAGGAAGCACAAAACGCUGAAGUAGGCAGCAGCAGAGCAGCAGCAGCAGCAGCAGCACCUUCCGCGAGAUUCCGAGCCUGUAGCUGGUGCACUGGAUUAGACAUUGCGGAUCCGACCACAGGAUCCAUAAUGCCCGUUAAUCUAGCUUGACACCACCGAAAUGCUGACGGGCUCUAUUCAGAUAACGGGAGAGGCGCUGUCCGGUGCGGAGAUCAAAGACAUAUGCGACAGUCUGAAGGAGAGCAGCGUGCGGCUGCUGUCGGUGCGCGGCUGCCAGCUGUCUGACCGAGACUUCGGCCGCGUGUGUCGCGGCGUGGCGGAGUCGCACUCUCUCGCGCAGCUCAACCUGAACCUCGGCGUGGUGUCCACCAUCGGCCGGACCAAGCAGCUGGCAGAGGCUCUGAAGGCCAACAGAUCCCUCCAGACCCUCUUUCUCCACGGAAGUCCACUUUUAGAUGCAGGACUGGUCACCCUGAAUGGAGCCCUCUCCACUCACCCCUCACUGGUGUCCUUGGAUUUGGGGGACUGCAUGCUUGGAGAUGAAGCAGUUCGUCUCAUUUGUGGCUUGUUUCCUCCAGAUGGAGCCAAAUCGGGGCUUCAAGAGCUUACACUGAGUGCCAACCCAGCCGUCAGCACGCAGGGUUGGGCUCGACUGGCCAUCGCCGUGGCUCAUAGCUCACAGUUACGGGUCCUCAACCUCGACUACAACCCCUUAGGGGAUCACAUCGCUGGGAUGCUGGCUGUCUCUGUCGCAUCCAGUCGAACUCUUGAAGUCCUGGACUUGGAGGGAACCGGCCUCACCAAUCAGUCAGCACAGGUCUUCCUGGACAUGGUGGAGAACUACCCCACCAGCCUGCGUGUCCUGGUUCUAGCCGAGAACGACAUCAGCCCUGAGCUGCAGCAGCAGAUCUCAGAUCUCCUCUCUGAAGGUGAGGAGGAGGAGGAUAAGGAUGGGGAGGCGCGUGGAAGCUCGGUGACCCCCAGGGAGAAACCCGCCUGGGUUCCCCACAGCAUAACUGCUUCUAAGAGGCUGGAGCAAAAGGGAAGUACAGAAAUGGACAUUACUCGUGCAUUAUUUAGGAGAGAUCAUUUCUACUUACGAAAUAGAAAUAUGAAUUGCUUAUAAUGGCCAAGUUGAGAGUUUUCUGUCCUGUAUAUCCUAAAGUCAUUAGACUUAGAGGUACAUUUUAAAGGAAUAGUUCAGCCAAGAAGGAUAAUUCUGUCAUCGCUCACCCUCAUGUUUCUCCAAACCUAUUUGACUUUCUUUUGUGCACAAAAAGUGAGUUUUGGAAGCAAAUCCUGACCAUUCUUUUCCAUAUAAUGAAAGUGGAUGGGGACUGGAGCUGACAAAAAAAAGUACCUGAAAAGUAUCAAACAAGUAUUUCAUAUCACUAAAACCAAUGACGUCAAUCGUGUCGAUGCCACAUCUUUACAGAAAGACUGUUAUACUCAUUUUCAGGAGAACAGCCUAAAUUUUUGUUAUACGUUAAUGAUUUUUGUUGCGUAGUACAGAAGUCGCAUGGAUUACUUUUUUGGUACUUCUGGUUUUUUUUUUGUUUUGUUUUUUUUCAUUUUGGAGCCUGAAAGACCCAGUCCCUUCUCAUUUCCAUUACUGCACAUGCCUAUUCAAAAGUUUGGGGUCAGUAAUAUUUUUUUAAUGAAGAAAUGAAUAAAUUUGCUCAGAAAGGACAUCUUAAAAUGACCAAAAGUGACAGUAAAGACAUUUACAUUGUUACACUUUGUUUUCAAAUAAAUGCUGUUAUAAUGUUCAUUAAAGGAUCCUGAAAAAAAAAAGUUGCACAAAAAUUACUCAGCAGCACAUUUGUUUUUAUAUAAGCAUAUAUAAGCAUAUUAGAUCAUGUGACACUGAAUACUGAAGCAAUGGUGCUGAAAGUUCACAGGAAUAUUUAUUAUUUGAAACUGUAAUAACAUUUCACAAUAUAACAGUUUUAAUGUACUGUAUUUUUGAUCAAAUAAAUGCAGCCUAGGUAAAAAUAUGAGCAGUAGUCUAUAUGAUGACGGCAGGAUAUUCUCCAAAAUUGCACUGGCUAAAAGAAAGUCAAACAGAUUUGAGGGUGAAUAAAAGAUGAGAGAAUGUGAGCUAUCCCUAGGAAGAAGAAUCUUUAGUAGAGCUGGAAUAGCCUUCUCCUGUCCUCUUCAAACAUUUCAGACAUUUACCAAAUUGUCUCUGACCCUUCCAGACUCUUCCAGCUCCCAGAUGGUCCUGAUGACAUCAGGACUGGGUGAGAGCUUUUUGGCAGAGACUGAGAUGUGAAACUGGAGCUGCCCAUGUUUUGUGCUUGCACUGUACGACUGCUGCGAGACCACCAGCUAGUGCACAACCUCUCACGCCGCAUGACCUGUAGCACUGGAACAAAAACCUUAAACACCAAGUGACUUAUAAUACGCAAUAGUGAAUUAUUUAUUUGACAGAUGUACAGUCUAUUUAUAAAUGAGUAUUUAACCGAUAACAGUAUAUGAGCUGUAUAAGGUUGAUAUGAUGGCCUGAUGCCUGAAUAAAUCAGUUUACACCUUUUUAAA